CACCGGGCCAGGCGGGGCGUUCACAAGGACUCGGCGCGGAGCCCCAGCCAGGGGCGAGCUUCGCAGGCUGCAACAGCAAAGGGGGCGCCCGUCCCCCGUCGCUGUCGCGUGCUGGAGACCGGGGACGUCAGCGCGCGGACCGACUGAGUUACUGACCGACCGCCCGGAGGCACACCCCGCUCCACCCCACCCGGGGCGCCGGCGCCGCCCCCCCGCCCUCCCCGCCCGCUAGCCCCCGGCCGCCCCUUCCUUCUCCACUUCUCCGCCUCCGUCUCUUCGGGGCUCCCGUGGCGCCACGCCUGUGCCAUCCCCUGGCCCAAGCCGGGCGUCUUGGCUCCCUGCAGAUCUCUCCCCAGAGUCCGGGGGGGGGACGUUUCGUUCUAGCGGCGGAGCGCAGCCCCUGUGCGGGGGCGCUAUCGGUGCCCGGGGAGCUUCUGCCCAGAGGACGGGGGAUGCGAAGGGCUUCCUUCCUACGGUCCCUUUCUCAGUCCCGUUGAGUCUGGCCUAAUCAAAGACUGAGGUUAUGAAGUCGAUCCUAGAUGGCCUUGCAGACACCACCUUCCGCACCAUCACCACAGACCUCCUCUAUGUGGGCUCGAAUGACAUCCAGUACGAAGACAUCAAAGGCGACAUGGCAUCCAAAUUAGGGUACUUCCCACAGAAAUUUCCUCUGACAUCCUUCAGGGGCAGUCCCUUCCAAGAAAAGAUGACUGCAGGGGACAGUCCCCAGUUGGUCUCAGACCCAUCGAACCUUACAGAAUUCUACAACAAGUCCUUGUCAACCUACAAGGAAAAUGAAGAGAACAUCCAGUGUGGGGAGAACUUCAUGGACAUGGAGUGCUUCAUGAUUCUCAAUCCCAGCCAGCAGCUGGCCAUCGCCGUGCUGUCCCUCACCCUGGGCACCUUCACGGUGCUGGAGAAUCUGCUAGUGCUCUGUGUCAUCCUCCACUCCCGCAGCCUCCGCUGCAGGCCUUCUUACCACUUCAUUGGCAGCCUGGCUGUGGCAGAUCUGCUGGGGAGUGUCAUAUUUGUCUACAGCUUCGUGGACUUCCACGUAUUCCACCGCAAAGACAGCCCCAAUGUGUUUCUCUUCAAACUGGGCGGGGUCACAGCCUCCUUCACCGCCUCUGUCGGCAGCCUGUUCCUCACAGCCAUUGACAGGUACAUAUCCAUCCACAGGCCGCUGGCCUAUAAGAGGAUUGUCACCAGGCCCAAGGCUGUGGUGGCUUUCUGCCUGAUGUGGACCAUAGCCAUUGUGAUCGCUGUGCUGCCUCUCCUGGGCUGGAACUGUAAGAAGCUGAAAUCUGUGUGCUCAGACAUUUUCCCACUCAUCGACGAAACCUACCUGAUGUUCUGGAUCGGGGUCACCAGCGUGCUGCUGCUGUUCAUUGUGUAUGCAUACAUGUACAUUCUGUGGAAGGCUCACAGCCAUGCGGUCCGCAUGAUUCAGCGUGGAACCCAGAAGAGUAUUAUUAUCCACACAUCAGAGGAUGGCAAGGUACAGGUGACCCGGCCAGACCAAGCCCGCAUGGACAUUAGGCUGGCCAAGACCCUCGUCCUGAUCCUGGUAGUUCUGAUCAUCUGCUGGGGCCCUCUGCUUGCGAUCAUGGUGUACGACGUCUUUGGGAAGAUGAACAAGCUCAUUAAGACGGUGUUUGCCUUCUGCAGUAUGCUCUGCCUGCUGAACUCCACCGUGAAUCCUAUCAUCUACGCUCUGAGGAGCAAGGACCUGCGACACGCCUUCCGCAGCAUGUUCCCCUCCUGCGAAGGCACCGCGCAGCCCCUGGACAACAGCAUGGGGGACUCGGACUGCCUGCACAAGCAUGCCAACAACACAGCCAAUGUCCACAGGGCUGCGGAGAGCUGCAUCAAGAGCACGGUCAAGAUCGCCAAGGUGACCAUGUCUGUGUCCACAGACACCUCCGCUGAGGCUCUGUGAGCCUGAGGUCUCCCUGGCAGCACUGGAAAAGAAUUUUUUGCCGCUCUGCUCUUUCUCUCUGUCUCUCUGUCUCUCUGUCUCUCUGUCUGUCUGUCUGUCUCUCUCUCUCUCUCUCUAGCUCAAAAUCUAGAAGAGUGUGUUGUCUCAUCGGUUAUAUUUUUUAAGUUUACCAUGCUCUGUGAAAAAGUGACAGUCACCAUGCUCAUUUGUCAUUCUGCUGAUCUAUCAAUAGUUUAGGUACUCUAACUCUGUGCUCCAAGGGUUUGCAGUAAAGAAAGCUAAGGGUUUGCAGUAAAGAAAACUUGUUGCUUCUGUGACUCUGUGGUCCUUCCAAGUCUUAGUUAAAUAAGAGGGAAACCUUUGGCUACUCAAUUUCAAGUCUUAAGUACCCAUAGAAAAAUGCUAUCAAGUGAGCAAUGCUUUGGUAACCACAUCUUUCAUUAUGAUAUGUAUCUGUCUAGUAGGAGAGAUGUCCAUUUUUAUAAUAGUGAUAAUACUAGAGAUAUUUUGUAAGAUGUACUGUGUCCUGUGAGUUGUGUAUCAGUGUCUUCCCUGUAUUAUUUCUGUCUAGUUUAGCAAAACCAAAAGGUGGACUUCGCUGCAAAAAUUGGAGCACAGCAAUGGGUAUGUGCCAGUGGACCACUUUCGAUAAAAACACUUUAGAAACCCUAGUAGUUCUUGAAAUGUCUGUUAAAAUUGACACUGAAGGAACCAUGAAGUUUUAUUUAUUUUUUUCUGUUAACACGAGAAGAAUUUGAAGAUGAUCUAAAGUACUGAGUUGAGUUCACUGACACUUCGAAAGUUGCUAGUCCUGUGUUUGCAUAGGAGGACAUAUAUUAUCUUCUGGACUAUUGCUGUUCUGUGAGGGUAUUAGAUUUUAAUUAGAAAAGAAGAGGAAAAGCAUAUUGACUUUUUAGGCAGACAUCUGUGACUUUCCAUAGUUGCUAGCUAUUCCUGGACCUCUUAUAACAGCAUGUGUCAGUCUUCGUGUAUAUUGUUUUCACUGUGUAGUUGCUGUUGACUUGAAGAGUAUUGCAUUCCUAUAUUCCAGGUAUAAGUAGAUUUUAUGCCCGGGUGGCCAAACAACAGUCUUUCUUCAUUCUGUUCUUGGUUACAAAGAUGUAUUGUCUGGAUCAGUAAAGUUGUAUCAUGUUUGAAUGUGACUAUAAAUGUGUGUAUGUGUGUGUUUCUAUCUUGUAACUGUUGCAGUAAUGUCAUAAAGAAAACUGUGACCAAGUGUAAAUUCUACCACUUGCUUAAAUCUUGUACAUGAAUUCAGUUUCAAAAGUUGAGUUCUUCCAGAAAUCUUGUUGAUUAACAAUUCUGACCAUAGCCGUUCAGACAAUCUGCUUCUCUCAGCGAUGGGGCCAAGGAUUGCUAAGGACUUUUAAGAUCAGUGUUUACCAAGGAAUCAUCAGUGGCAGGAUUCCAGUAAAGGUUUGUAUUUACAGUGUCACUGUAGGGAAAUGAGAGUGUGUAGGUUUGUCAAAACCUGAUAUGGAUCAAGUUCAUGGAGAUGGAGGCCAUUAAAAUGUAGUUCUAGAAACUCAGUACAAGAACAGUCUUCAACUGUGCAUGUAGGUAGUUUGAAUCCCAAUUUAAGUAGCACUAUAGACAUCAUGCUACGUAGGAAUACCAGAUCCUGGCCAUGUGGCUAAUGAGGCUGAAUCAGACAGUGAGUGAGACAGAAAAGGGCAGUGAAGAGCAGCACACUUGGGAUUGAGGCCUGGGUAACAUAUGCUGCUUCUGUGCUUUUCCCAGAUGCCUCUGGUGACAGCCCAGCACCCAGCUUUGUCUACAUGAGAUUGGGCUAAGGAAUACGUUUCUCCUCUGCUCCCUUAGCAAGAUAUGCAAAAGCAUAAAGAUGAUCAUGGCUUUGCUUUCUUUGGAUACCCCAGUCUCAUACUCAGAGCCAUGAAUACUCAGAAUUGGGUCAUUUUUCCAGCAAGGAAAGAUAUCCUGUAAUAAGCCACUUGACGCUGACAAAUUUUGCAUUCAAACAUCUAGUCUCUAGUCCUUACAAAGAUAGAGCAUGAUUCCUGCUGGGCUCUGGGACCUGCAUAGUAUGAAGUGAAAUGGAGCAUGCAGCUACCUGGUGAUUUCUGGCUAUCCCAGUAUCCAGCCUUGAGGUGGAUGGCCAAGGUAGAUAUGGACUUGUGGGUCAAUCUACAGUCUGCCUACAGGUCCCCUCACUUUACAGAAAUACAGAUGAGGGCUCGAGGUGCUGCUGGAAGAGUAAUAUGAUCUCCAAAGAAGGGGAGACUCUCUCAACCAAGUCCUAUCCAGGGUCUAGUCUCCAUGUUUAGACUUGCCAGCCUUUGGUCCUGCAUCCUCCUGAAUCUUGGUCUACGUGUCUGAGUUCACCAGGCAGUACCAACUCUCUUCUCACAGUUAUGAAGACUCGGUAAAGAUUAUUAGUGAUAUAAAAAAAUUAGAGGAUUCCUCUUUGAAACUGUAUUUGUGUGAAUGCCAUGUAGAUUUUAUAGUGUAUUGUACUUUCAAACUUAAAUCACAUAUAAUAAAUUAAGGGACAAUGGGGCUGACAGCACUAAACGUGGUGCUUAUUGAUAUUCUAAGAAAUAUCUGUGAAAUAUCAUCAUAUAUUUUAUACAAUCUUCAUUUAAAAGUAUUAAAAUUAUUUGGGUUCACUUGGAUAUUUCUCAUAUCAGUUCCUAACCCAAGUGACUAAAGUGUUCUCCCCAAUGAAUAUCCUCAUUAGAGUUACUGUUCAUUGUAUCAUUCAUUUGCUAAUUCCUUGAGUAGAUCCAUUAAUUUAAAUAUUAUUUAGAUUUAAGUAUUUAUAAGCUCUGGCAUCAGAUUCGUCAUGCUUUCCUCCGAGGAUGCUGUGCUUGUCCUUACCAAGCAUUAUGCCAUCACUAGUCUUUAGAAGGGGCCAAAUACCAACCUGCUCUGCUGCUUCCAAAUAAUGAUGAAUCAGUUCUCACUCAGAGUUGCAUUUAGAACAGCAAUGCUGGCCCCAAGAAGCUUCAGUGGCUCAUUAUGUAUUAAAUAUAUGUAAAAGAAAGACGAAUCUGGGAGACUUGUAGAGAUAAACCUGCAACCUAGAUGAUCCCCAAGCCUCUCUGGUGUUUUGAGCAAUGUCUAUCUGGGAUGAAAUGUCAAAGAAUGUUGCCACAUUGCUAAGCUCACUCUGCAGCAAAGAGGCUCAUUCACCAGAUGAGAUUCAGGCUCCACAUGAACAAUACUCUAAUUACUGUCCUGUUGAUUAUUUCAUGCCAUUCCAUAUCCAUAAAAGAGACUACCAAUAUCAUGUGCAAAAUUAAAUUUCUCAUACCUUUAACUGUAUAUUUGUAUGAUAUUAAACAAUCUCCUAAAUGCUGGGCAAUGGCUGUUCACAAUUGUCUUGCACUGGCCUGAUGAAAUGUUAAUGAUGCCUAUUGUAACAUAGACAAAACAUUCUAUCUACUGGUUUGGGCUGAAUGUAUGUAAAUAGGUCUUAACAAAAAGUCAGAUGUGUAAGCAGUGGUUUACAAAUCAGUGAUUUUCAGACAGGAGAGUUUCUUUCCAUUGCUGUGGUAUCCUAAAACUUCUCUUCAUGUAAACUUAUGAACUAGGUCUCCUGGGGAUCAGAGUCCCCAAGAAAGAAAACUUUUCCGUGUAAUAAUAGUAAUCAAGACACCAGAUCAUCUGGAUUCUUAUUUCCAGUGUUUCAAGUAGAAAACACAACUCUUUAUUGUCUGUAAAUCUAGCAUUAUUACUUUUCCUCUUAGAAGAAUAUUGUAUUGUUAGAUGUUUGUUGAGCUGAUAACAUCCUUGCAACUGCUGUAAUACCUUUGUUAGUAAUGUGUAUAAUACUUUGUAUACAAGUACUAGUAAGAUUGUUAUUAAAUGUAGCUUCAGUCAUUAACUUACUAUAGCAAAGUAGUGCUUCUAUAACACUUACAAUGUAUUAAGCUCACAGUAUACUUUAUUUCAUUGAUGUAAUUUAACUGUGACUUAUUCAAGAGAAAUCAUCUUUCCAUGUCUACUGUCCAAAGUUACCUGGAAUCAAAUAAACAGUCUAGAUUAUCAUGAA